AUGGGCUUCUUCCGCUCUCGCGACCGAGCUCCUCCGCAGCGCAGGAACCAAGACCCCGCCCCACGGAGGAGGCGGAUCGCAUGGGGGGUGUGUGGCUGGGCUAAACAGCAGCGUCACGAAGGGAGGCGAGGCCACGAGGGGCCACGCCCCUUUGUUACACACCGGGAGGCGGCGUGUAAUCUCCGGCUGGCUGCGCUCGGGAUCCUGUCUGCGCCCGGCGGGGCAAGUGGGGGGCGCUCGGGGCAGAGCCGCGUGAUGGACUCGAGAGAGGAGACGGUGUUGGCCACGACGGUAAAAGAGGGGGAAAUGAUCCCCGUAGGUGGGGCGAGGAGGCUGGGGAGGGGACUCACCGCUCAGGCCCCAGCGUUCUGCUGGUUAUUGGUCUGGGCCUCCUUUCUCUGUCCCUCCUGCCAAAUCAAAUGUAAACUCUGCCUCCUUCUCUCCCAGGAGCCAUUGUUGUCAGUUUCCCACAAUGAUAAGUGCCGAGACCUCUCUCCUAGCUGGUGCCUGUCUCGGGCAGGCAGCACGAUGCCAAUGCACGCCCAGACCCAGCUUGAGAUAGCUUCUAUGAAGCCAACUCUGUUGACCCCAGAAUCCCAGAUGAUGGUGAAAAACGAAGUGGAUCUUAUCAAAGCUCAGCUGCAUGCGCAAACCAAGGCCUUUCAGGCAUUGAGCCACUCAAUCACCUUGUUGGAGCAGGAGAGCAACCAGCAACAAGGUCGGAUCAAGGAGCUGGAAGAGGAGGUGCAGUUUGUUGCCCGCUCACCUCCUGGGGAGAUGUUUGAUAACCUCAUCCAGAGAAGGAUCCAGGAUGUAUGGAAAGUCAUGACCAGAGAGGUGCAAGGACUCCACGGAUCCAUGAUCGAGAAGGAAAGCUCCAUGGAGAACCUGUCGCAAGAGGUCCUCGAGAGCAAGAAGUUCCUUUGGGAGGAGCUGGAAGCUGUGCAGGGUGAACUGCGGCGCAUUCAUCAGAAACUGAAGGACCAGGAGGUUGAUAUCACCAGGAACCUGGUCAGUAUAAAGAAAAUGCAGGCGAAUCAGCAGAAGUGCACCAAGUUCCUGGGCCAGCUGAAGUGCAGAACAGCAGGCGAUGCCUCAGAAGCUGCAGAUAAUAAGCCUGUGACUGAAGAGCUGAACAAUAUCUGGUCAGCUGUCAACACGCUGCGAAACUCCUUCACCAACAGCAUCUGGAGUGACAAGAGGGGGUCUCAGAGGAUGAAAGGUCGGGGCAGCCGGCAUCACCGGAAAUCUAGCUCACCUGAGGCCUUUUUAUCGGACUCAGCCCUGUAUCAGGCCCGCAGUAGCUCAGAGCACAGCUCGUAGAAUGCAGAGGUGAGUCCACAGGUUGUU